AAAUACAAGUAAACUCAUGGAUUUAGCAGAAGCGAAUUUAAAAGGGAAUGUAAGAGGAUUAACUUUAUUAACUUGUAAUGAACAACUGUGAAUACAUCUUUAGUCAGGAGUGUUGGCAGGUUGCUGCACUGGAGCACCUGGGUGUGUGUAUUAUCACAAUGCCAAUGAUGAAAGACAUCAACAGGGACCUCAGUGAAGCAACUGUUGUUGCUUAUCAGUCUGGUAAAGGUUAGAAGGACAUUUCUGAAAUUGAUGAAGUACAUUAUUCUGCAGCAAGAAUGAUUAUUCACUAGUGGAAAAACGUCGAGGAAAGCUGCCAAUCCUCCCAGGAUAUGGAUGUCCCAGCAAAUUCCACCCAAAGUUUUGCAAAAACACAGGAGCUACAUGUCAAGCUGGUUGACAAGGGUUGUUUACCUAUAAAGACAUGUCUGCACAAUCUCCUUAUACCAGCUGUUUUGGGGUAACAGGAACUCUGUAUUCUUGAUGUUCAAAUGUUAACAGCUAAGACUUGGAUCAAGCCAAGUUGUGCAAGCAAUGAAACAAUGAUGUGACAAAAAUUAAGGCAUAAAACUUGAAUCAUAAAACAUAAAAUAAAUCAGAAAACAAAUACAGCAAGUUCUCACAGCUAACAGUGGUUCUACAAACUGUUAGCUCAUGAGCUGUAAUUACCAUGUUCACGUGAUUUUCUGUGUUUUUGUACAGUUACGGUUAGAUUGAAGUAAUUUCAAAACACCCAUGAAGUCCAGAUGAUUUUCAUUGUGUCCUGAUACAUAAAAUCCUAGAACAGAUGUUGCGGUUUAAUGUCCUAUCUGUUCCAGUGAUUGUGACGAUCUAUCUAGUUUAUGCUUAAACUGAUAGCUUCUCUCUUUUAUAGAAGCACAGAAGAGAGCACUAUAGGGCACUUCAUCACAGCUGGUCCUUUAGUGCAUGAUUUGUGACUGAUAACACUGAAGAAAUGUGUUAAUGAUUUGGUUUUGUCCUGGAGUGGAGUAAAGUAGGAGGAGAGAAGACAAGAGGAAGCCUCUUGCCCAACAGGUAACCAAAGUAUAAAAGAAGCCACAAACACGUCUGCCAGCUGAGAAGUGAUUGUUUCUGGGGAAAUCAGUCUUCCUACAACCUGACCUCCUCAAAUAGUUGAGCAAUUUUCACCUUCAGCACAGAGCAGAUUCAGGCCUGGGUCUGUAGCGCCCAUCUCAACAUGGACAGCACAGAGAAUCUGUUUCCUGACUCAGGUUUUCAGCAAAAUGAUGGCUUCACAUCCAAUCUGACAGCUGUCAACACCAGCUUGCUUUACACAUCUCUACUGUCACCAAUGAUGGAUAAAACCAUCAACAUUCUAAUGAUCGUCAUGCUGUUCAUCACCAUGGUUUCACUGGGAUGCACCAUGGAGGUGACCAAGAUCAAGGAUCACAUACUGAAACCUAAAGGUGUGGCCAUUGCAGUUCUUUCCCAGUAUGGCAUCAUGCCUCUCACAGCCUUUUGCCUGAUUAAGGGGUUCCAGCUGCCUGAAACCACAGCUGUGGUGAUUCUGAUCUGCGGCUGCUGUCCUGGAGGAGCCCUCUCCAACAUCCUGGCACUCGCUUUGAAAGGAGACAUGAACCUCAGCAUUGUGAUGACCUCCUGCUCCACGCUGCUGGCUCUGGGCAUGAUGCCUCUGCUGCUAUAUCUGUACUGCCAGGGCUUCUCCAACCUGCAGAAAGCAGUGCCGUAUGUGGACAUUAUGGUGUCCCUGGUUGCGAUUCUGGUGCCUUGCAGUACCGGCAUCCUCAUUAACUACUUUCGGCCACAUUAUUCAAAGAUAAUCUCAAAGGUGGGCCUCGGUGUUCUGAUGAUUUCCAUUGUUGUGAUUGGCAUCAUUUCCAGCGUUGAAAUUGGAGGCUCCCUCUUCAAUGUGCUCUCGCCUCCUCUCAUGACCAUCGCCGCCCUCAUGCCCCUCGUUGGCUACGCCUUUGGUUACAUCAUCUCCUCGAUCUUCAGGCUCAACCAGCCAGAGCGGAGGACCGUUGCUAUGGAAACUGGCUGUCAGAACAUCCAACUGUGCGCCACCAUAUUGAAGGUAGCCUUCCCCCCAGCUGUGAUCGGACCUAUGUACCUGUUCCCCCUGGUCUACGGGUCCUUCCAGUUGACUGAGGCAGCAGUGCUCAUCGUUCUGUUCAGGUGUUACCAACGGUUCUCCAGAAAAUGGAAAAGUGACACAAACUCCAGAUACGAACCAACCAACAUCGAAGGAGGAAAAGCGGACGAUAUCUGAAGACUGUAUUAUCAUCGCAUCAUACUUGCCUCCCCCCAUCACUUUGUUCAUUUCACCUGACAAACUUGAAAAGACUGGAAAACAGUUAUGUAAAUGUCAUAGUAGUGCACUAAUAGAGGCAAAAUUCAGGGUUUAUUAAAAUUGAUUUAUUCAUCAAGUCUAUUUUUAAUACACCAUACAAACGUCUAUCUUCACUGAAAAUAAAAAUCCCUCAUGUACAAAACAAAACGUCUCCCUCAGAUCAUUGUAUGCUCAGAUCACCCACAAUAACAGCUAUCAAACUACCCUAACGGUAACAUGUGUAUAUAUUUGAACACUUAACAGAAAGCUGCAGUAUGUACAUAAAUCCCUAAUUUAAGAAAUAUUACUCCAGUAAGCAACAUUAUUGCUUAAGAGUGCAACUGAAGGGUCGGCUGCAUCCUCAAGAGUUUUGCCUCUGUACAAAGUCAUUAUCAACAGUGGUUGCAUUAAAACGGUAGCAUAAAUGAAGUCAAUUCGCAAGUUUUAAAUCAGUGGAAUAAUGUGCACAUUUUGCAGCCAGGUGAAGAAGCUGCCAGUGCCAGAUAUAUCUGCGUUUUAUUUGAACUUUAAGCACAACUAGGAGAACGAAUUGCCAUCAAACAGCAGCACAUUCAGGUAUCUUAAGUACGUUUGGAUAUGUGCAGCUGGAUGGUAAAGGAGGAAAACUCUGAAGAACAAUCGAGCAGGGCAUGAACACUGAUGCGCCAGAAAGACAGGAUCCCAUAAUUCAUCGAGAAUCACCCUGAAUAAAAGAGCCUGUUUAAAAGCGCUGCAACAGUGAGGUUUAUGGUGACUUUUGCAUUUUAGAAGCUCAACUGCAUUGCUG